GGUUGUGCUCAGAGUCGCCAUUGGCAGACCUCAUUAACUUCCGAACUACUACUCACUGCUCACUACAACGCUUCGUGACCGUGAGCCCUUGCAAAUCUCGGUGGUCUGAGCAGUGCUAUUUCAUCAGUUCUCUGAUUCGUAAAAAAUUCUGAAAUUCGUGGAGAUGGAGAGGACGAGAAAAGGGUUAAUAAUCCACGGCUAAACCAGUCGCAUUUCAAGACCUCACAAGUCUACGCCUUGUCGGUCGGGUUCAGAUAAUGGCUCUGACAAAGGUGAAACCGCUUUAUCUGCAAUUUCUUCCGCUUCUGAUGGUAAUUUGGAUGUCCAGAAUUGGCGCCUCGGAUACUAUUUUCAACGAGUCAGUAAGUGGGCAUUCGGUUGUUUCCAGAAAUGAAAACCCAAAAGGACGAUGCCCACAUGGUUGGUAUAUUAGCCCAAACAAUACUAAGUGCUACGGUUUCAUGUCGAGCUCUCAACCAUGGAAUGAAUCAGAGACCCAAUGCAACAGGUUUGGCGGGAACUUAGCAGCACCGAUAACAUAUCAGGAGUUUAGCUUUGCACAAAAUCUGUGUAAUCGAACUCUUGGCGGCUGUUGGGUUGGUGGCAGAGUGUUGAACUCUUCGGAUGGCUUUGUUUGGAAGUGGUCUGAUAAUGUCUCGAAGUGGAAUGAUUCCAUCCUUCCCAGCACGGCUUUGCAAUCUAAUUGCAAAAAUGUCUCUUGCCGCAUGAAUAAUUUGGUUGAAACAUGUUCUUUGAUAUUUAGUGGACCAGGAACACCAUUCCUUAAGGUUGAGAAAUGCAACACUUCUCACCCUUUUAUAUGCAUGCUUAAUACAGAUGAUAGAUGCCAACGCAUGCACUGCCACAAGGAAUAUCUUGUCAUUCUGGCAGUUGUAAGUGGGUUGAUAUUUUGCACAACGUUAGCUGUGGUGAUUUGGCUUCUUGCUUACAAGAGGAGCAAGAAGCGGAGAAGGUCUCGGAAGCCAUCCAAUCCUGCAGCUUCUGCAUUGGUACCUCCUUCAUGGAAAGUGUUUACUAAAGAAGAGCUAAGGUCGAUUACGAAAAACUUCAGUGAGGGAAACCGUCUUCUUGGAGACCCAAAAACAGGUGGUACAUACAGUGGGCUUUUACCUGAUGGUUCAAGAGUUGCAAUUAAAAGGUUAAAGAAGUCCAGCUUUCAAAGGAAAAAAGAGUUCCAUUCUGAAAUUGGAAGAGUUGCUAAACUUCGCCAUCCAAAUUUGGUUGCCCUGAAAGGAUGCUGCUAUGACCAUGGUGACCGCUACAUUGUUUAUGAAUUCAUUGUUAAUGGGCCCUUAGAUAGAUGGCUUCACCAUGUACCAAGGGGUGGUCGAAGCUUAGACUGGACCAUGAGAAUGAAAAUUGCCACGACUCUUGCCCAAGGGAUCGCGUUCCUUCAUGACAAGGUUAAGCCACAUGUGGUACAUCGUGAUAUCCGUGCCAGUAAUGUACUUCUUGACGAAGAACUUGGAGCACAUCUGAUGGGAGUUGGCCUGUCGAAGUUGGUGGCAUAUGAAGUAAUGCAUGAGAGGACAGUGAUGGCAGGAGGAACCUAUGGAUACCUUGCCCCAGAAUUUGUCUACAGAAACGAGCUUACAACAAAGAGUGAUGUCUACAGUUUUGGGGUGCUGCUGCUUGAAAUUGUGACCGGUCGAAGGCCCGCACAAGCAGUUGAUUCUGUCGGUUGGCAGAGCAUUUUCGAAUGGGCAACGCCUCUCGUGCAGGCUCACUGUUACCUAGAUCUCUUGGAUCCUCAUAUAACCGCCACUCCGACUUCUGAAAUUCCGGAGGCUGGUGUUGUUCAGAAGGUGGUUGACCUUGUGUAUGCUUGCACGCAGCAUGUCCCAUCCAUGCGCCCUAGAAUGUCUCAUGUUGUUCAUCAGUUGCAACAGUUGGCACCCUCACCUCUCAAUACGAAGUGAAAGCAUUCAUCUAACUUCAUGAAGGUUUCCUAUUGCAAGAUUCUAACUUGGAAAGAAGCCAGUUAAUUUAGGACAGGAUCCUAGGUAGGUAGUUACACUAGACCCAAUUUCUGAUUAGUUUUAGAACGCUGGUCUCCCGUAUGCACGACUGCAUGGCUACUUCACUUGGUCAAACUAUUGUGCAGUUUGAUCUGUAAUGGUAAUAAACACAAUUAUUUCUCAUAAAUUCACAACUUAUUAGGCA